CGUUACGUCAAUGGACAAUGUCAACCAACUUGUGGAUCAAACGAACGUCUUGUAAAUGGACAAUGUCAACCUUCUUGUGGACCAUCUGAGAGAUAUGUUAAUGGCCAAUGUCAACCAACUUGCAGAUCAAACGAACGUCUCGUAAAUGGCCACUGCCAACUUAAUUGUGGACAAAAUGAACGUUUCGUAAAUGGUCAAUGUCAACCAAACUGUGGACCAAACCAACGUUAUGUAAACGGUCAAUGUCAACCUAGCUGUGGACAAAAUGAACAUCUUGUAGGAGGUGUAUGCCAACCUACCUGCGGACCAAACCAACGUUUUGUUAAUGGAAAAUGCCAAACUAAUUGCGGUCCCAACGAGCGACUUGUAAAUGGAUAUUGUCAAGUCAUAAACAUAGAACCUGCAUGCGAAUAUAAUCAAAUACUAAAGAACGGCAUAUGUGUAGCAAAAUGCACUGGCAAUCAAAUUCUGAAAAACGGUAUUUGCGUUAUAGACAAUACAUAUCUACCACCAGUCACUUGUAAUUCCAAUCAAGUUUUAAGAAACGGUGUUUGUUAUGAAAAAGACGCAAGCUGUGGUCCAAAUAAGAAAUAUAUAAAUGGAAACUGUGUAUCUAUUGAAUGCAAAUCCAACGAACACCUUGUAAAUGGAAGAUGUCAACCGAGAUGUGGUCCAAAUGAAAAUCUUGUAGGUGGCAUUUGUCAACCAAACUGUGGCGCUAAUCAACGUUUUGUUAAUGGUCAAUGUCAACCAAUCUGUGGACCGAAUGAACGACUUGUUGGUGGCCAGUGUCAACCAAAUUGCGGUCCUAAUCAACGUUACGUAAAUGGACAAUGCCAGCCAAUUUGCGGUCCAAAGGAACAUUUGGUAAAUGGUCAAUGUCAACCGACUUGCGGAUCAAACGAACGUUUUGUUAAUGGCCAAUGCCAACCUAACUGUGGAUCAAAUCAACGUUAUGUAAAUGGACAAUGUCAACCAAUUUGCGGACCAAAUGAACGCAUCGUAGGAGGUCAAUGUCAACCUAACUGUGGACCAAAUGAACGCUUCGUAGGAGGUCAAUGCCAACCUAACUGUGGACCAAAUGAACGUUUCGUUAAUGGCCAAUGCCAACCUAACUGUGGAUCAAAUCAACGUUAUGUAAAUGGACAAUGUCAACCAAUUUGCGGACCAAAUGAACGCAUCGUAGGAGGUCAAUGUCAACCUAACUGUGGACCAAAUGAACGUUUCGUGGGAGGUCAAUGCCAACCUAACUGUGGACCAAAUGAACGUUUCGUUGGAGGUCAAUGCCAACCUAACUGUGGAACAAAUCAACGUUAUGUAAAUGGCCAAUGUCAACCAAUAUGCGGACCAAACGAACGUCUAGUAAACGGCCAAUGCCAACCAAACUGUGGACCAAAUGAACGUUUCGUGGGAGGUCAAUGCCAACCGACCUGUGGACCCAACCAACGUUACGUAAAUGGCCAGUGUCAACCAAUUUGUAGCCGUAAUCAAAUAUUGAGAAAUGGUGUCUGCAUUGAAAAUUGUAAGGCAAAUGAAAUUUUGACAAAUGGAGUAUGUGUUCCGACAGGUCCAUACUGUCCAGCAAAUACAAGACAAGUAGGAAAUGACUGUGUUCCAAUUUGCAAUGUCAAUGAAGAGUUAGUGAAUAAUCGUUGCAUCCUGAAACCAAAAUGCAGCAGUAAUCAAAUUUUACGAAACGGUGUUUGCGUUGAUAACUGCGGAUACAACCAGAAGAUGGAGAAUGGUGUCUGCGUCCCAGUCGUUGAAUGUACAGGUAACACGGUUUAUGAAAACGGACGUUGCGUACCGGAUCAACAUGAGGGAUACAAUUACACAAAGCCGAUACCGCCUUUCGAACCGGAUACUACUCCAGACAACACCAACGAUGUUCCCACCAUAAUCACUGAUGAUGGUAACAUUCAUCCAGUUGUUAUAUUGCCAACGUGCGCUGCCGCUCUCAAAUGUGUACAAGAAAUAUAUUGCACACCGGAAGGAUUCGUCUCUGCAGUUCCAGUCGUCUUAAGCGAUGAACAGAAACUCAAUCGAGUUCCGUUAACUGAAUGUGCUGAUACAUCUGGAGUUGCUGGAAAAUGCUGCCGCGAUCCUCAAUACAAAGAUCCAUGGCCAUCUGCGAAUUUGGUGAAUGGUAUUGAUAACGGACAAUACCGAGAGGAUCCUUCUCUUGGCCAAUAUUCCAUCGACAUCUCGAGACCUACUAGAUCCCAUCCUAAGUUUGCGAACGUAGGCGGUACCUGUGGAACCCGUCAUUAUGAUACACAACCGAAAGGACCCGGAGCUUUGGAUGCACACUUCGCCGAGAUCCCUUGGCAAGCUAUGGUUCUCAGAGACUCCAACAGAAGUCUUCUUUGUGGCGGUGCAAUCAUCAGAACUGAUGCUGUAAUAACGUCCGCUCAUUGCGUCGAAGGACUUGACGCCAAUGAUGUCCUUAUUAAGGGCGGCGAAUGGAAAUUGGGAAUUGACGAGGAACCUCUUCCGUUCCAAAUUGUUAAAGUUAAAUCGAUCGUUAUUCAUCCAAGCUACGAUCAACAUUCGAAGGGAGAUGACGUGGCGAUUCUUUUAUUGGACGAACAUUUGAGAACUGCCAAGAAUAUCGAUACUAUCUGCUUGCCGAAACCGGAUUCUCAACCGGAAGGUAAAUGUAUUUCAACCGGUUGGGGAAAGAAGGUUUUACAAGUUCAUCUUAAAGAUGCUAUAAUGCGUCUUGUGGAUGUCGAUGUAAUUGGAAACGACGAAAGCGCUAAUAUUCUGCAGACGCACUUCCCGGAAUCCGUGGAUCUAUUGGCUCCAAGAACCGUUUGCGCUAAAUCCCAAGGCGAUCAAUGCAAAGUGGAUCAUGGAUCAGCUUUGGCUUGCACCACUGACGGUUAUCACUACACGUUGCACGGUAUCUUUAGCUGGGACACCGGCUGCAAAAACGAGAACCAAUUGGGUGGUUACAAUCUUCCGGACGUCAAAUGGAUCGAAACGGUUUUAUCGAAACACGUCGUCUACUGAACAUAGUUAAACGAAAAGACCCUAUUUACUUUUAUCUCAUAUCCUCUCACCGACCCCUUUAAUUCCUUCUCUUCCCCACACACGAAACUCCGAAAUCUAAUGAAUUGUAUUUUUUUUUGUUUGUUUUAUUGUACAUAACUUUAAUUAUUAUUUUAGCGACUAUUAU